AGUGUGGAAAGAGAUGCAGUCGGAGUACCUAUCUUCAGCAACAUCAGAGAACCCACACAGGGGAGAAACCUUUUGACUGUUCAGAGUGUGGAAAGAGAUUCGGUGACAGUAGUGUUCUUCAGCGGCAUCAAAGAACGCAUACUGCGGAGAAACCUUUUGAAUGCUUAGCGUGUGGAAAGAGAUUCCGUCACAAUGGUAGUCUUCAGUGUCAUCAAAGAACCCACACAGGGGAGAAACCUUUUGAAUGCUCAGAGUGUGGAAAGAAGUUCAGUUACAAUGGCGUUCUUCAGUGUCAUCAAAGAACCCACACAGCGGAGAAACGUUUUGAGUGCUCAGAGUGUGGAAAGACAUUCCGUACGCGUAGCGGUCUUCAUUAUCAUCAGAGAAACCACAGAGGGGAGAAACCUUUUGAAUGCUCAGAGUGCGGAAAGAGAGUCAGUAACAGCAGCGAUUUUCAAAAGCAUCAAAGAACGCACACAGGGGAGAAACCUUUUCAAUGCUCAGAGUGCGGAAAGAGAUUCAGUGAGAGUAGCAGUCUUCAGCGGCAUCAAAGAACCCACACGGGGGAGAAACCUUUUCAAUGCUCAGAGUGUGGAAAGAAAUACAGUCACAGUGAGAGUCUUCAGUAUCAUCAAAGAACCCACACAGGGGAGAAACCUUUUGAAUGCUCAGAGUGCGGAAGGAGAUUCAGUGGGAGUGGCAGUCUUCAGCGGCACCAAAGAACACACACAGGGGAGAAACCAUUUGAAUGCUCAGAAUGUGGGAGGAGAUUCAGUGGGAGUGGCAGUCUUCAGCGGCACCAAAGAACACACACAGGGGAGAAACCAUUUGAAUGCUCAGAAUGUGGGAGGAGAUUCAGUGGGAGUGGCAGUCUUCAGCGGCACCAAAGAACACACACAGGGGAGAAACCAUUUGAAUGCUCAGAAUGUGGGAGGAGAUUCAGUGGGAGUGGCAGUCUUCAGCGGCACCAAAGAACACACACAGGGGAGAAACCUUAUGAAUGCUCAGAGUGUGGAAAGAGAUUCAGUUACAAUGUCGUUCUUCAAUGUCAUCAGAGAACCCACACAGGUGAGAAACCUUUUGAAUGCUCAGAAUGUGGAAAGAGAUUCGGUCAAAGUAGCACUCUUCAGCGGCAUCAAAGAACCCACAGAGGGGAGAAACCUUUUGAAUGCUCAGACUGCGGAAAGAGAAUCAGUAGGAGCAGCGAUCUUCAAAAGCAUAAAAGAACGCACACAGGGGAGAAACCUUUUGAAUGCUCAGAGUGUGGAAAGAGAUUCAGUACUUGCGGCGGUCUUCAAUAUCAUCAAAGAACCCACACAGGGGAGAAACCUUUUCAAUGCUCAGAGUGUGGAAAGAAAUACAGUCACAGUGGGAGUCUUCAGUGUCAUCAAAGAUCCCACACAGGGGAGAAACCUUUUGAAUGCUCAGAGUGUGGAAAGAGAUUCAGUACUUGCGGCGGUCUUCAAUAUCAUCAAAGAACCCACACAGGGGAGAAACCUUUUGAAUGCUUAGACUGCGGAAAGAGAGUCAGUACGAGCAGCAAACUUCAAAGGCAUCAAAGAACGCACACGGGGGAGAAACCUUAUGAAUGCUCAGAGUGUGGAAAGAGAUUCAGUGAGAGUAGCAGUCUUCAGUGUCAUCAAAGAACGCACACGGGGGAGAAACCUUAUGAAUGCUCAGAGUGUGGAAAGAGAUUCAGUACUUGUGGCGGUCUUCAAAGUCAUCAGAGAACCCACACAGGGGAGAAACCUUAUGAAUGCUCAGAGUGCGGAAAGAGAGUCAUUACAAGCAGCGAACUUCAAAGGCAUCAAAGAACCCACACAGGGGAGAAACCGUUUGAAUGCUCAGAGUGUGGAAAGAGAUUCAGUGAGAGUAGCAGUCUUCAGCGGCAUCAAAGAACUCACACGGGGGAGAAACCUUUUCAAUGCUCAGAGUGUGGAAAGAAAUUCAGUCAGAGUGAGAGUCUUCAGUGUCAUCAAAGAACCCACACAGGGGAGAAACCUUAUGAAUGCUCAGAAUGCAGAAAAAGAUUCAGUACUUGUGGCGGUCUUCAAAAGCAUCAAAGAACGCACACAGGGGAGAAACCUUUUGAAUGCUUAGAGUGCGGAAAGAGAGUCAGUACGAGAAGUGAUCUUAAGAAGCAUCAAAGAACGCACACAGGGGAAAAACCUUUUGAAUGCUCAGAGUGUGGAAAGAGAUUCACUGAGAGUAGCAGUCUUCAGUUUCAUAAAAGAACCCACACAGGAGAGAAACCUUAUGAAUGCUCAGAGUGUGGAAAGAGAUUCAGUAGUUGUGGCGGUCUUCAAUAUCAUCAAAGAACCCACACAGGGGAGAAACCUUUUGAAUGCUCAGAGUGUGGAAAGAGAGUCACUACAAGCAGCGAUCUUAAGAAGCAUCAAAGAACGCACACAGGGGAGAAACGUUUUGAAUGCUCCGAGUGUGGAAAGGGAUUCAGUGAGAGUAGCAAUCUUCAGCGGCAUCAAAGAACCCACACGGGAGAGAAACCUUUUCAGUGCUCAGAGUGUGGAAAGAAAUUUAGUCAGAGUGAGAGUCUUCAGUGUCAUCAAAGAACCCACACAGGGGAGAAACCUUAUGAAUGCUCACAGUGCAGAAAGAGAUUCAGUACUUGUGGCGGUCUUCAAUAUCAUCAAAGAAUGCACAAAGGGGAGAAACCUUUUGAAUGCUCAGAGUGUGGAAAGAGAUUCACUGAGAGUAGCAGUCUUCAGAGGCAUAAAAGAACCCACACAGGGGAGAAACCUUUUGAAUGCUCAGAGUGCGGAAAGAGAGUCAGUACAAGCAGUGAUCUUCAGAGACAUGAAAGAACGCACACAGGAAAAACCGUUUGA